AUGCAACCCGCAGCACCUUCGUUGAAAGACAAGAUAAUUCACCUCCCGACCGUACCAUCUCCCAAAAUGGGACGCAUUCGCCAGAAAUGGCUAACUCUAACGGCCACGCGGUCUGUUGUAGACUUGCGCGCGGUCAAUAACCGUUCUCCCAAUUCUGCGAACAAGGAAACCGUCCUGGUUCAGACCCCUCAUCGGAGCAGUAGCCUCAACUCCACGUACACGCCGAUGUCUGCGUCAUCGUGCGAGAUAUUCUCGUCAGACAUCGCCCUAUUUAGUCCCAUGGACCUUGAUCCUCUGAAUAUGACGAGUGCCACAGUUAAGAGCCGCCGGCGCAAGGUGGUCGUCUCGCCGGGUCUAUCGAGCACUUUCCCAACGAGUCCGUUCUCGCCACCUCUUACCGCCCGCCCUGGGCCAAUGCGAACUAUGUCUCAUCGUGACGCACCUGCUCCUCACGACCCGGGCCCUAGAGCUGAUUGGCUUAGUUCUCACAGUGAAGAGAUCUGCCCUUCGUUCAUCCUGGCUGUAGACCCAGACUGGGAUGCCAGCUCUGAAGAAGAUGCUACUGUCUAUAUCCUCCCUCGGGAAGCUUUCGUGGAUAUUGGUUCUGCUGAUCGUCUGCCAUUGGAAGAGAUCCCGGACGAGUUCUAUCCUGAUGGUCAACAUUGA